CCACGCCCGCCUCUCCCAAAGCGCCCUGGAGGCGUUUUGUUCGCGCGUUGCUUUGGGGGUCGGCGGCGCGGUGAGGGAAGAGGAUUUUUUUUUGUUUGAAACACGAAAAAAAGCCCUCCCCAUCUUCCUCCGUCUCUCUUUUCCGCCUGGCGCGAGGAAGACGUGAACAGUUUGUUUUAAAUUGGAGGAAGAAUUUUCGACGGUGAGGAGACGUCCAGAUUUUCGGAGCCGACUGUCGACUGCUGCUGGGGGAAAGAGCUUGCCGUGCAGCAGGAACCGCAGUACCCUUUGUGGGCGCUCACCUCGAAGGACUCAUGUACAACGACGAGAACAACAUGGAUUCUGUUAGCCUGGCGUCCCGCGACACCAACUGGCUGCUGCUGGAGGUGUGCCGCGAGUUCCAGAGGAGCUCGUGCUCGCGCACGGCGGAGGAAUGCCGCUACGCGCAUCCACCACAGCACGUGAACAUCUCCAACGGGCGCGUCAUAGCCUGCUUUGACUUCCUCAAGGGGCGCUGCUCGCGCGAGAACUGCAAGUAUCUCCAUGCGCCGCCUCACCUUGCAACGCCGGCCGGUGCAGGAGGACCUCACCAUUCAGCAGUAGGAGGCACCAAGAGGGCUCAACUCCCAAUAGGAGGGAGCGGGGCUGGUCUCUUCGAAGAAGGGAGCAUAAACAGUGACGUGGCACUGGCGGUCGCUGCCUCGAACCAGGCUGGCUCCCGCGACAACAACUGGCUCAUGCUGGAGGUGUGCCGCGACUUCCAGAGGGGCACGUGCUCGCGCACGGAGGACGAGUGCCGCUACGCACACCCACCCAAACACGUCACCGCCCCCCACGGCCGCGUCAUAGCCUGCUUCGACUUCGUCAAGGGGCGCUGCACACGCGAGAACUGCAAGUAUUUUCACCCGCCCAAGCAUUUCAAGAUGCAGCUCGAGAUCAGUGGAAAAAAUCAUGGGAUCCAACAAAAGAAUGUCACGGCGAUUUCGCAAAUGCAGAUGACCGCUCCCUCCAUGCUCGCCCCCGUGCACACGUACCCGCAGCUGAGUGCGCAACCCCAGGCUGCGUCUUCUUUGCCCUAUGGGAAUUACCUUGCUUCUUCGCUGACCCCGGCGGUGACCUAUCCCUCGCCGGAAAUCCUGGCCAAAGCGGCCGGGGUCCCUACUGCCUAUGCCACGCUCGUGAUGAACGCAAUGCAAGCAGCUGCAUCCCUGCAGCUCGGCACGCAGACCCCACUCCGCCCUGACAAGCUGGAAGUGUGCACGGAAUUCUUGCGUGGCAGCUGCCCGCUGUUGAACACCAGCUGUCGGCUGGCGCACCCCCCUGACCUGAAGCUGAUAGAUCCAGUUGAUGGUCGAGUCACUGUGUGCAUGGACUUCGUCAUGGCCCGUUGCAUGCGCCCAAAGUGCCGAUACUUCCACCCGCCGCUGCACCUGCAGGCCAUGGUCAAAGCGUUGCAUCAUCAGGCCAACCAAGCAGCUGCUGCCGCCGCCAAUGCGGCAACCCCAACUGCGGCGAAAUCCCUAAAAAGACCUCACGACGCAGCUCAGAAUGCAGAGGAGGAGGAGGAGGUGGUGGAGGAAGAGCAAGUGGAAGAGAGGAAGAAGCGGUUUGGGGUCGUGAAUGAGUCUUCGGCUGUUGCUGCUGAUGAUACGGAGACUUAGAAGCAAAACAGAGAGCAGACCGUUUUUGCAUUGCAUAAACGUGUGCAGUUUGUACCCUUCUAUUUCAUACUUUAACUUUUAAGGUAAAGGAAGGGGUGAUGCAUUUUUCCAAUAAAAUCCAUUCAGUUGCAUUGGCACACAUUGUCCUGUGUGUUGCUUUCUACGGAUGAAGUAAUGCAGCCAUUGGAAGCGUUGAAAUUGUCACAUUUGUAUGUGGGCUAUUUUUUAUUCGUACACAAAAUAUUGUGUCCACGUGUGGAGAUAUAAAUUAGUAAUGUUUAAUGAAAUUGCUAACACUGUUUCCAGUUAGUUGGACAAAUGACUUCACUUAGACAUAUUUUUCUUGCCAAGUGCAUUUAAAAUAAGGACAGGUACAUAUUUUCCCUGGUUCUAAGUGAUAAUUUUAAAGUUGGUACAAUGUUUUAUUUGUACUUUUGUUUUCCAAAACACGAACAACUUAUUCGAGCAUUGGAAAUCGACUUUGUCUAACCACGUGUUUUAUUUCAAUACGGUAAUUAUCCAUGUUUAUCAUGUGAACUUGGUUAUUCUGCGGAACUGUAAUGUGUGAGUUCAUUUGUAUCGUUCAUUUAAAAGUAAGCUGGUGAUUGAUAAAUAAACAUGUCAAAUGAG